CCGUCGCGAACGCCUGUUGCGCGACGUCCGCCGGACUACGACCCUACGCCGAAGCCACGUGCGAGCGACGCGGCGCUGCCGGUGGUCCAGCAGGAUCUGUUGGACCUGCCGUGUGCUCUGCCACCUGACAUGACGAUCGCCAUGGUCGGACGCUUUGUCGUGGCCAGCAGCAAGCUCUGCAAGGAGGAGGGCAAGGAUCUGUUCAAGCUGCAGCUCGACUGGGACGAUGCGCCGGGGAACUUCUGGCUCGCAGGUGCAACUCAAGGCGAGCCGGGAUGGGCGCCCGCAUCGUCGUCUGGUGCCUUGACGAGGCUUGCACCGCUCAGAGGUCCUCCUGUGUUCAUCGACCCGCCGACAGUGCAGUCACAGGGCGCCUUUGGCAGCCCGGUGCCCAUGCUCUGCUCUGCAGUCCGCUGCCUGCGAUGCGGCGAGAUCAUCGUGCGCAGACACUGGAAGGGUUGGCGGUGCGAGCGAUGCAAUAUCGACCACAAGGCGCUGCCGCUCCUCGUGGCGCGCGACGUUGACUUUGGCCGCAUGCGCAUCGACUACUCCGGCCCGCGAAUGGACAACGGCAGAGCGAUGUGGCAGUCGGGUGUGGGCGUACAGCGGACACUGCAGGUCUGGUCAGACCACGUCAAGAUCCCGCGCUACGACAUCGCACUCGCGGCGCAAGAUGGCGAUGCCAGCAAGCCAAAUACGCGCGUCUGGCACCUGUUGUCCAGCGGCGACGUCAAGGAGAAGGCCAGUAGCCUGUUGCGCAAGCUGCUCAAGGAGCGCGUGCCGUACCGCCGUCAUCUGUUCGACGGUGUCCUGUCGCCGUUCUUCACGGCGGCCUUCCACGGCUCCGCGAGCACUCGGACGGAGAACUUCCUGCGCGUCCCCUACACGCCGCUCGACGAGGUGCGCGGCAUCUUCCUCGACACGGUCUUCGCCGUCGACGAGCUGGCAGGCCGAGCCCUGUGCCCCGAGGAGGAGCGGCGUCUGCCGCACAAUGAGGCUGCGUUCCUGGUGAUCUCGGGCAUGAGCCAGGACGUGCCGUUACACAGCUGCGUCGGCAGCAUCGCGCAGUCAGUCGAGCUUCGGCAGCGAUCUCGGCCUGAUCCUCUCGCGCCGAGCGUCCGCGAUGCCCGGGCAGCCGGCACAUCCCGUCAUCAGCCUCGUCGUCGCGCACGGCGACGUGGUGUGCUUCGAAGAUGCGCAGCGGCUGGCAGCGGCGGGCUACGUGUUGACGCUCAAGAGCAAGGCGCUGGGCGUGACUGUCAUCUGUGGUCGCACAGAGCCUUAGAGCUGCGUGCGGAAUGCUCAUCUAUUCUAUCGCGCUCAUCUGGAAAGUGAAGGGAUGUGAGGAGGAGCGCAUUUCGCGCCGGCCCGCCGCACGGCGAGAUUGCCGGACGGCGCUCUCGCUGCAGCGCGCAAAAGAAAGGCGCAGGCGGCAUACUCACGUCUGGCGCCCACACCUGUCAAGGGGCAGUCGAGUGCCGUCCUCGCAGGCCGGGUCACCAUCGCUCCUCAGCCUGCGCACAGCGAUGCAUCCGCUGUCCGUCAGCGUCGUGCGCAG